CAUAAUAUUUUUGCAUACUAUUCGAGCUGACUUCAUUCUUCCACUCUAAAUAUUACAAUUUCAAAUCUCUUGAUAGAAUUUUUGGUUAAUAUUUUUUCCAUCGACAUGAUAAUAAGAUUAUGGCCGACAAUUGUUAUUUACAUUUCAGUAAAGCUCGUUGGAUCUGAAUCUAAGCCACUGGAGCAUGUACUAAAUGAAUAUUCGAACCGAAUAGAUUAUGGCAGUCAAAGAAACUAUAAAAUGUUGCAUUCAGAAAAGAAGAAAAGUUUUGAAUUUACACUUCCACCUUCUUCAGAGAUAAUCAAAACAAACAAUGCAGAAGCUCGUGCAAGUGAUGAACUUCAGGUGAUAGAGACAACAGAAAUCAAUAAUUUAACAGAUGCACAAACUUCUGUGAAAACUCCAGUUACAACAUUGAGUAAUAAUUUGACUAAUUUUAAUAAUAAUAACAAUUUACUCUCAACUCUUUUGGUGACGCUGCUGCAGAAAUUUCAAUUUUCACCUCAAAUGUUUUUCCAAGAUCGUCUCAACCAACUCAAACAGAUUCUUAUAAAUUUUGGACUUAUAGUACCAGAUGAUCAAGUUACUGCUAAACAAUUUCCUAAUAUAAAUAGACUUCUUAAUGUUAUUGGCCUUGAUAAUAGCGAUUUCUAUACUAAUAGAUUAGAGCCAGGUGGUUUAUUCGGUGGCAACGGAUUUUGGUCAAAUAAAGGAGGAUUACUCGGUGGACCAGGUGCUUUUGCCUCGACUGGGCCUAUCUUUACAGAUUAUCCAACACCUUACAGAAAAAAGUAAUUGGCCAAUACAUGUUAUUCUUUUGAAAAGACACAGGAAAAGAGGCAGAAUAGUUUUAAUAAGGUCAUUUUAUGAUACCAGCUAUUGAAAUUCAGAAGCUCAUACUGUGAGUAUGCUAGUUCGAAUGAAAUCCUUUUAUGGAACUUGUUUUGUUCGUAAUUACAAUGCGAAGUUAAAAUACCAUAUUUAGCUCCAAACUCACCCUGGAAAUUUUUUUGAUAAAGAAAUGUGAUAUUCUAUUGUUUGAACUAUACCCUUUAAAUUUAUUCAAAAUUAAAUUAUCAAAUAUUUAUCAUUUUUUACAUUGAAUUUUUAUUAUGGCUGAACAGAUCAAUAGAUAGAGAGUUUUAUAAUAAAUUUUUAAUAUCAUUUACAUUGAAAUAAUAAGCUGAUAAGCUAAUAGAAUGAGAAUAAAAAAAACUGAUAGAGAGAUUUGAAGUGACAUUAAAUGGACUAUUCUCUCAUUAAUAUUAUCACGAAAUUAUGUAUAUUUUUAAUAAUAAAUAUAGAUGUAAAGCAUAA